CUUGCUGAGGAGAAGAGCAUAGUAGAAGAUGCUGAUGGGAUAGAGUGUGAAGCCUGGAUGUUACUGGAGAUUUCAAAGUGACUCGGAAGACCUGGCAUGUGGUUUUGAAACGUCACUGACCGCCCUGUAUGAGACUGAUUCUGUCCAGUCCUGGAGGGAAGCAAGGACGCAGGAAGUGGAGUUGCCUGUUGCAGUGAAGGCAGAGCCAUGAGCCACCAGAUCCUGCUCCUCCUGGCCAUGCUGACCCCGGGCCUGGCUAUCUCUCAGCACCGAGAACAAGUGCCCUGUAGGACGGUGAACAAGGAGGCCUUGUGCCAAGGCCUUGGCCUUCUUCAGGUCCCCUCAGUGCUCUCAUUGGACAUCCGAGCUCUCUACUUGUCUGGGAACAGGCUGCAGAGCAUCCUGACCUCCCCAUUGGGCUCCUACACAGCACUUCGUCACCUGGACUUAAGUGUCAACGAGAUUAGCUUCCUCCAGCCGGGAGUCUUCCAGGCCCUGCCCCACUUGGAACAUCUCAACCUAGCCCACAACCGGCUCGCCAUGGGCAUGGCACUGAACAGUGGUGGUCUGGGCCGCCUGCCCCUUGUGGCCUCCCUGGACCUGUCUGGGAACAGCCUGUAUGGUAGCCUGGUGGAGCGGCUGUUGGGUGAGGCCCCGAGCCUGCAUACCCUCUCACUGGCAGAGAACAGCCUCACCCGCCUGGCACGUCACACCUUCUGGGGCAUGCCGGCCCUGGAGCAGCUGGACCUCCACAGCAACAUACUGAUGGACAUUGAGGAUGGUGCCUUUGAGACCCUGCCCCACCUGACCCACCUCAAUCUCUCCAGGAACUCCCUCACCUGCAUCUCGGACUUCAGCCUCCAGCAGCUGCAGGUACUUGACCUGAGCUGCAACAGCAUUGAGGCAUUCCAGACGGCCCCAGAACCCCAGGUCCAGUUUCAGCUGGCCUGGCUCGACCUACGGGAGAACAAGCUGCUCCACUUCCCUGACCUGGCCGCAUUCCCAAGACUCAUCUACCUGAAUGUAUCCAACAACCUCAUCCGGCUCCCUGCGGGGUUGGCCCAGGACAGUGAGGAAGACCUCCAUGCGCCCUCUGAGGGCUGGUCAGCCUCUCUACUGUCCAACCCCAGCCGGAAUGCCAGCACCAAUCCCCUCUCCCAGCUUCUGAGCCUGGAUUUGAGUUACAAUGAGAUUAAGCAGGUCCCUGCCAGCUUUCUUGAACCUCUGACCUCCCUACGCUUCCUCAACCUCAGCCGAAACUGCCUGCAAUCCUUUGAGGCCCUGCGUGUGGGCUCCCUUCCCUGCCUGGUGCUUUUGGAUUUGAGCCACAAUGCACUGGAAGCAUUGGAACUGGGCACUAAAGUCCUGGGGUCCCUGAAGACACUGCUUCUGCAGGACAAUGCCCUGCAAGAACUACCACCCUAUACCUUUGCCAGCUUGGCUAGCUUGCAGAGGCUCAAUCUAUGGGGAAACCAGGUCAGUCCCUGUGGGGGACCAGCAGAGCCUGGUCCUCCAGGCUGUGUGGACUUCUCUGGGAUCCCCACCCUCCAUGUUCUGAACAUGGCAGGGAACUCGAUGGAGAUGCUCAGAGCAGGCAGCUUCCUCCACACCCCACUUACUGAACUGGACCUCUCUGACAAUCCUGGUCUGGAUGUGGCCACAGGAGCCUUGGUGGGCCUGGAGGCAUCUUUGGAGGUACUGAAACUUCAAGGCAAUGGGCUGAUGGUCUUGAACGUGGACUUACCAUGCUUCCGCUGUCUCAAGCUCCUAAACCUUUCUGAGAACCGCCUCAGCCACCUGCCUGCCUGGACCCAGGCUGUGUCCCUGGAGGUGCUGGAUCUGCGGAACAAUAGCUUCAGCCUCUUGCCAGGCAAUGCCAUGGGUGGCCUGGAGACUAGCCUUCGGCGCCUGUACUUGCAAGGAAAUCCACUCAGCUGCUGUGGCAAUGGCUGGCUGGCGGCCCAGUUACACCAGGGCCGAGUGGCUGUGGACGCUUCUCAGGACCUGAUUUGCCGCUUUGGCUCUCAGGAGGAGGUGUCCCUGAGCCAUGUGCGUCCAGAGGAUUGUGAGAAGGGAGGGCUCAAGAACAUCAACCUCAUCAUCAUCCUCACCUUCACACUGGCUUCUGCCAUCAUCCUCACCAUGCUGGCCACCUGCUGCUUCCUCCGUAGACAGAAGUUCAGGCAACAAUACAAAGCCUAGGGGAUCCUCUUCCCACUCAGAGUGGAAGCCAGAGGGGCAGAGAAGCUGGGGUCUAGCUCAGGUUACACAGUGACCAGGGGUUCAGCAUCCUGAAUCCUGCCACAUGGACAGGUAGUUUCUUCCUAAGCUGCACAUGUGAUCCAGCUGUGGAGCCCAAAGUGGGGCAGUUUACUGAACAGAGGAUACCAACAGAUCUCCACUGUGCAUCUGUUUCAAGCCAGACCCUUCUCUGGGCACCAGUAAAUGAAACACAUGCCUAGAGGGGCUGUCACAGAACCAGUGAUCAUGUAGUGUGAUGGGCUUGAGGUAGGGAGGCCCUGGGCCCCCAGACCUGCAUUCCCAGCUGGUCAUGGAGAGUCCACCCUGGCUGGCUGUGUUUGGGCAAGGGAAGGCCAAGCCUGAGAGAUGAUUUGUCUGAACCAUUCCCACACAGAGCUCUGUCGCAUCUGCUGGUAAUGACUUUCAGUCUCUCUGGAAACGAAGAACUUGUGACCAGAAGAGAGAGCCCAGGAUCUCCUCCAAAGGUCUUGAAUCUGGUCUCCUAGGCCAGAUUCUGAAGUUGCAGCUGAACCAGCUUCAAGUGUGGUCACCUGGACUUCCAGCCAGGCCCAGGACAGUCUGUCUGUGUCCUGCCCUGGACAGGCCCUUCCCCUCAGUGAACUCUCCUGUUACACACACUGACCCCAGUGCUGCCUGGAUUGCCAGCCCCUGAUCAGGCCUCCGUCUCUCCCAGCCCCACCCUAGCUUUUGAGCCAAGAGGGAGAGCCUCGGCUAUCUGGUUCUGUUUUGCACUUAGCUUAGCAGCUGCAGAGGCGAAUCCAAGCCAACUCUCAGAGGUUUCUGUGUUAUCUGAGUUAUACACCAAAGAAAAGAAGGUUCCUUACAUCUGCUUUGAGAGCCUCAUGGCUGAGAGAGAUGCCAAAGCCAAAAAUGAGUCAAACCCAUGUCCUCCCGUCUCCAGAAUCUAAGCCUUGCUGGUGCAGUGCAGGCUGUCAAGAGGACAGGAGGUGGUCCUAUGCUAACCAGGCUCCACACAUCCUUGCUGCACCCACCCACUCCCUUCUGCCAGACAGGUACCCACAGACCCUCUGCUUCUGCCUCAGUGGCCCUCAUUCAUUUGCAGACCAGUAUGAAUUCUCUUUCAUCUUGCUCCCACAGUCUCACCCUCCCUCCAUGAAGCAGAGCUUGGAGUUUGACACUAUUGAGUGUCAUUUCCCCAUUGAACAGAUAAGGAAAGCAAGGUUGAGGGGCUUGCUCAGAGUCACCCCAGUCAAUGGCAGAGACCGUGGGGGAAAUGGGAGAACACCAGCCGGACUGCUGCAUCAUGGCAGAGUGUUUGCUUUUUGUGCUCAAGGCCCUGAGCUGGGUGCCCAGCAGCGUCGCCUGUGUGGCUUCUUCCUCUCAGCACUGAACAGUGCCAGCUCUCAUGCCUGUCCUCACCAGGAAAAUAAGAAGUCUCUCCACUCAUUCUCCAGACCUGUGGGCUACAGGGAGAAAGGGGAGCCCUGGGCCCAAUCACAGAACCUGCUUCAUCAGCUCCCCUGUGCCUGGCCCCCAGUCUGCCUGGACAUUCAGUAACACACGGGGAGAUGAAAACAUCAUUCUCUCUGCCCAGUUUUGCAGAUGAGGAGACUGGGGCCCAGAAGGUUAAAGGCUCAGAGAACCAAUGGGCAGACCCAGGGCUAGGACCCUCACCGGGUCAGCUAGUGGGCUCUAGGUGCUACUGCACACAGCACUCUGUCUCAGCCUGGAGGCCAAACUGUGGCUCCUGUGCCUGAGCUCUGAAAACACUAUAACAUGCUGCUGUCCCCUCCCAGCUGGCCACUGCCAGGCCCUGGGACCAGCUCUUUGUAUAACUCACUGAAUGUAUUAAAGUAUAAUUUUGGAGAA